AUGUCUUACUGUACAGUAGAUGUCAGUGGUGCAUUCAUUUUGCUCAGAUUAUCCCUCCCUGAACAAAGGGAAAUUCUUGCCGCUGUUGGUAAAUUCCAUCUCAGCGCCCACAAACUUCCUUGCUUUGCCAGAUUUAGUCUUAACUUCAUCAAAGGAGCAGGUCAGGUGGAUGGAGAAAUUUUAGAGACUCUCUGGGCGACCUUCAAUAAGAUAUCACCCACAGCACGUUCAAUGAGCCAGGCUCAUCGACAAGAAAUAUUAGAUGAUCAUAUGAGGGACUCGAAUUGGAAGAAAAUGGUUGGAAUUGUUAUGCUCCAAACGGUGAAGACUCUCAUAAAAAAACAUACCCGUGCUGUCAAAGGAGUGAGGGACACAAAGCUUCCAUUUGAUGAGCUGACACAUUCUUUGGACUGCAAUAAAAUCAUGGCAUGGGAAAGGGAUGAGAAAUUGGCGAUGGAGAAGCGGGGAGAACAUCUUGACAUAUAUCAGUUGAAGAUUGAUAAAGGAAAGUCAGGAACAGUCUCUUGGAUUAUCCAGGGGAUCAAUCUAGAGGACGCCCAGGCAGAAGGCAAGCUUGACAAAGGCUCUGAAGUUCAAUGUGCAGAUGAAGAUGAUUUGGGGUGGGUUGACGAUGAAAUUCCGGCAGAAAAUAUGCGUCUCUGGAUGCCAUCUUCAGUGCCUCCUGAUCAGGCUACAUUUCUUGGCUUGGCAGCUCUACAGGCAGAAGAAUUGGAGUUGAGAAAAGGCCAAGCAAACAAUUGCCUAGAAAAGCUAUGUUUAGCUCUUGGCCACAAGGCAAUCAUCUAUUGUCAACACUUUCAAAGUGCUGAUUCUGUGUGGACUGGCACAAGGUCAAAACAGGAAGCUCAAUGUUGUCGCCUCAAGAUUGAGAAAUAUGUCAGGAGUUAUCAAAGAGCCAGGUCUUCUAUGCAGAGACUUGGGAUGGAUCAAGACACUCUGCUGGAUGGUGCUUAUCAAGAAAUAUUGCCUGAACAGCUCAGUGUCGACAAGGAGGUCACUGAAGAAAAUAGGUUUGGGCAGGGAUCUGAUAGGCUCGCUUGGUUUUGGAGGGUAAACAAUGCUCAGGAGAGUCAAAAAGAUGCUUGGAUGGAUGAAUUCUACAGAGUAAACUGGUUGAAAGCCAAGGCUAGGUGGCAGAGGUGGGAGGAGGAGUUGUGUUUGGUACAACACGAAAUGGGAUGGACUUUAAGCUGGUUCAAACAUGAGCAAGAAGAAUGGUAUCAAUGA